UAUGAAAUAUUUUUUAUAAACCUUUAUUUAUUAUUAUUAUUAUUAUAGAUGAAAGCACUUACUAUAUCAUGUUUUUUUACAAUAGCGUACGCUUUCUCAAAUAUUGAACUUAUUCAUAGAAGAUCUGUUUUACUAAACUCAUUAAAUAUAUCAUUAAAUUCAAUAAGUGAAGAAAGAAUUUUUAUUUUAAUCUUGAAAAAAAGUACAACGACUGAUCAAUGUCAAGUAAAACUAAAAGAAUAUUGUGAAAAUUUAAAAAAUAUGAACCUAGAACCAGAAGAUUUGCAUUAUGUAUUAAAAGAACUAUGUAAAGAAAUGAAUAUACAAAAAAAGUGCAAUGAUUUAAAAACUAUGAUUAAAGAAACAUGUACUACACAUCAAACAAUUUUAGAAGACAUAUUACAAGAAUUAUUUUUUACGAAUGAAGAUUGCUUAUUAGAAGAUGAUUGUAUGUUUUUAGAGGGUGUAUGUUCACUAGAAUUUAGAAAAAAAUGCAGCGAGUUAAGAGAAAAAUGUAGAAUAAAAAAACAAAAUAAUAUAAAAACAGAAAUUCUUUUAAGAGCAUUAAGAAAAAACUUGAAAAGUAAAGAAGCCUGUGAAAAAGUUAUUAAUGAAAAAUGUUUUUUAUUGAUGAGAGAAAGUGAUGAGCUUAUGUCUUUUUGUUUGACAGAAUUAGAUAAGUGCGGAAAACUUGUAGAUGCAAUGAAGAAGCAGUGUAGUAGAUUGAAUCGUGAUAUAGAAUCAUUGAUCUAUGAUUUUGACAUAUAUAAAACACAAUGUGAUUUACUACUUGAAAGAUGUUAUUUUUAUAUACUAAAUUGUGAUAUCAUUCAAAAUAACUGCAAAAAGUUAAAGGAAAAAUGCGGAAAAAUAGAAUAUAUAUCACUAGAUCUAACUUUUGACCCAUUGGGAAAAAAUCUUGCACUAAUAGAAAAGCUAGGAAAUUUAGAACUUUUUGGCGGCGAAUUUAAAAGACCAGAAAUAAAGGAUACAGUUGAUCUUUUAAUAAUGCUAACAAAUGAUGAUAUAACAAAAUGUAAAGAUCGUGUUGAAGGAUGCUAUAAAUUUUGUAGUUUUCUACCUCAACUAAAAGAUUUAUAUAAUAAUAUUACAAAAAAAAUGAGUAAAGAAGAAAUGUGUACAUCGUUAAAAGAUAAACUGAGGACUAAAUGUAAAGCUUUUAAAUUAAAAUUAACUAGCAUGUCGCUAUCAAAUACUAGUAAAGAUGAUGAAGAAGUCGAAUUACUAGGAUCCUUUGAGCAGUUUCCAGAACUGAAUAAAAGGCUUUGCACAAAUUUAGAAUCCAAAUGUUUUUAUUUCCAAAAGCCUUGUACUUCAGAGAAUAUUAAUCUUAAUAAUGCAUGUAGCAAUGUGAAGUUAGCAUGUUUAAAGAUGCGGGCUUUUAAAGAAGAAUAUUACCUAUUCGAAAAUAACUUAAGAGGGAGACUGCACAAUUUAACAAUUAGCAGCUCGCUUAAAACAUGUGUAAAUGAACUAUUGAAUUUAUGUAGAAAAGGUACAGGUAUUAAGGAACCUAUAUUUGCAGAUUUAUGCUUACAACCAUGGAACGCAUGUCUAAUACUUGCAAAUGAUAUUGAAAAAUUAAGUCGAGAAUUUAGAAAGGAUUUAAAUCAAAAAAGAGACUUUCCAAAUGAAGAAGACUGUAGAAAUCUAGAAGAGAAUUGUAAGAUAUUAGGACAAGAUUCAAAAAUGAAUGAACUACCAUGUCUUACACUAAAAGAACGAUGUGAUCACUUGAAAAAUGCUAAGAAAUUAGAGGAAAUUUUGUUAGAAGAAAAAGCAGAAAAUUUAGGCAAUUUAGAUAUAUGUAUAAAAAAAGUUACAGAAAGAUGCAAUAAUUGGUCUAAAAGAAAGAGAACAGAGUUUAUUCUUUCAUGUAUACAAUUAAAUGCUACUUGUCAAAUAAUUAUUGAAAGUAUUAGAUCUAAAUGUACUGCAUUAGAGAAAAACAUAGAAAUUGAAAACGUUUUAGAUCAAGUAAAGAAUGAUGAUGUAAAUAUAAAAGGACAAACAUGCGACUUUUGGGAACCUUAUUGUGACAAGUUUCAGCUGAACUGUGAAAAACUUGUUCAAGAUAAUGAGAAUGAUGGAAAAUGUAUAGAAUUAAAAAAGAGCUGUAAAUUACACAGAAUGGGGGAAAAUCAAAAGAUAGAACUUAUGUAUGAAUUAAGAGGAAGUCUCGAUAACAAAAAUAAAUGUAAAACAUCUCUUGAUAGAUUUUGUUUGUUCUGGGAUGAAACAAAAAAUAAUACAUUUAAGAAUCUCUGUCAUGAUGACAAUGGUACUAAAAAUGAUACAGCUAGAGAUGAACUAUGUGUAAAGCUCGUAGAUAAAAUGAAAAAAAAAUGUACAGAAAUGUUCAUAAGAUUAAAUGAUUCAGCAACAGAGAUAGAAAAAAGUCUGGAUAUUGCUGGAAAAUUAAUUCAAACAGCAAAAAAAGCAUUAAGAAGUGUAAAGCUUACUUUAAUUUCAAAUAGACGAAGAACAUGUCUUAAUAUACAUAAUUGGAAUACUAAGACAAAUGCAAAUUUAAAAAGAGAUACAACUCAAAAUCAAUUAGAGUAUUUGGAACAAAAGGAGAUAGAAGUGAAUAUUACAGAAAAAGAAGUUGAGGCAUUUGAUGCAGCAACAGAAGCGUUAAAAGUCUAUAGAGAAGUGGAAGAAGAGUGCAGAAGUCUACUGUUAAAAUGUAAAUUUAAGGAGGAUUGUUCUGAACAUAAAAACACAUGCAAGAAAAUCGAAGAAACAUGCAGUAAAUUGGGGUCACUGGGAGUCAGAUCUUCAGAAACAAAAAUCACUACAGAAACAAAAAUCACUACAGAAACAGAUAAAAAUACAACGCAAGAAACAGCGACAACAGGAGAACAAUGUACGUCGAUUCCUAGAGACAAGUGGAUUACGCGUACAUUAACACAUACAUACAUACCUACAGAAAUAUCUAUAGAAACAUUAACUGUAACAUUGACGUCAACGCAGGAAUGUCAACCGGUCAGAUGUACUACUGGAAGUGAAGAUGAAACAGGGGAUGUAAAGCAAAAUGAAGGAUUAAAGAUGAAUGGAUGGGGUCUGAUGAAAGGAGUAAUAUUAACAAUGAUUAUUUCAACUAUGAUUUAA